AUGGAAACAAAUCAGUCUAAUUCUGAAAUGUUGGCUGCUAUCAUGAAGCAACUUCGUGAGCUACAAGGAGACUUGAGGAAACAUGAAGCUAGGAUGGAUGCCAUUGCGGAACUAUCCUUAAAGAUGGGAGAACAUGUUGGAGACUUGGAGAACACAGCAAGCUCCGGUGGGAAUCCUACCUAUCGAAAUUUUCAAGAAGAAGAUAGGAGUUUCAAAUUGGAACUUCCUGAAUUUGAUGGCUCAAGUGAUCCGGAAAACUUCUUAGAUUGGGUUCGAAGAAUGGAAAGUGUCUUUGAUUAUAAAGACUUUGAUGAUAGGAGGAGGUGUAAGAUGGUUGUCCUUAGAUUAACAAAGCUUGCUGGGCUUUGGUAUGACAAUCUAAAAGCCAAGAGACGAAGAGAAGAGAAAGAAAAGAUCGAGUCAUGGGAGAAACUCAAGAAGAAAAUGGAGAGGCGUUGGGUACCACGUGAGUAUGAGCAAGAUCAAUAUGUCAAGCUAACUCGACUAACUCAAGGUGAUCUCAGUGUUGAUGAGUAUGUUCGUGAAUUUGAGAGGCUAGGCUUGAUGUGUGACUUGCAAGAGAAGGAGCCCCUCAAGAUUGCUCGUUUCACUAAAGGGCUGUCCAAACCCAUCUCUCACAAGGUAGAUCUUAUGAGCUUUUCUACUUUUGAUGAAGUUGUGAAAGUAGCUAGGAAGGUGGAAGCACAAGUGAAACAGGAGAAGCCUAAGGCGAACACAAGUGGCGUCAAGACUCCAUAUAAACCAUACAUACCUUUUAGGAAGAGUGAGUCUUCUUCUAGCUCUUCUAAACAACUUUCUUCUACUAAUCCUUCAAAGUUUCAAAGUGGAAAAUCUAGUUUUAAGCAAGAAGGAUUCAAGAGGACUUGUUACAAGUGCCAAGAACGUGGGCAUAUUGCUAGUGAAUGCCCAAAACUAAUUUCUCCUACUUCUUCAACACCUUCAACCUCAUCCAGUCAUCAAAAUGAAGCCACAUCAUCAAUGGAGAUGAACCCAGCUUUCCUAGAGCCAUGGUCACAACCAGAAGAACCUCCUCCAUCAGAUUCUCAAUUAUUGUCUCAAGAAAUAUCUCGAAAAUCUCCUCGAUGCUAUUCAUCUGACACACCUGGCCCAUCACGACGCAUUCGUCAUAAUUAUGACAUAAGUGAGUCAGAUGACUCUGAUGAAGACUACUCAGAACAUGGACCCACCAAUAAGCGUAUUUGGUGCAAGGUUCUUGAUAAGACAUGUGAUGUGAUUGUUGAUGGAGGAUCAUGCACGGAUGUGGCAUCCACAGAACUUGUCAGUAAGCUUAAGCUUCCUCUUCGAAAUCAUGCUAAGCCUUACAAAUUGAAUUGGUUGAAUAAUGAAACUGGUUUGAAGGUCAAGAAACAAGCUUUAGUUUCAUUUACAAUUGGCAAUUAUCAUGAUGAAUGUUGGUGUGAUGUAUUGCCUAUGAGUGCAUGUCAUAUUUUGCUUGGUAGACCAUGGCAAUUUGAUAGAAAUGCUGUACAUGAUGGUGUUUCUAAUAUAUAUACGGUUACUACCACGGGUGGAAAAAAGAUUAGAUUGUUGCCUUUGCCUCCUAAGGUUGAACCUAUGGUGGAAAGGAGACCUAAUUUUCUGAUUUCGAGGAAAGAGUUCGAAAAAGAUGAUUUACUAAAAGGACUGCCACCUUUUCGUGGGAUUGAGCAUGCAAUUGACUUAAUCCCGGGAGCCCCAUUGCCUAACAAAGCAGCCUAUCGGUGCAAUCCCGAGCAAGCUAAAGAGUUGCAAAGGCUCCAAGAUAUGUUUGAUGAAUUGAGUGGUGCCAAAAUUUUUAGCAAGAUUGAUUUGAGGAGUGGCUACCAUCAAAUGAGAAUUCGAGAAGGUGAUGAAUGGAAGACAGCUUUCAAAACGAAACAAGGGUUGUAUGAGUGGCUUGUCAUGCCAUUUGGACUUUGCAAUGCCCCUAGUUCGUUCAUGAGACUUAUGAAUGAGGUACUUCGACCUUUUCUCAAUAAGUUCAUUGUUGUAUACUUAGAUGAUAUUUUAGUAUAUAGCAAAUCUGAAAGAUACAUUGUUUCUAGUGAAGGGAUACAGGUUGAUCCGGAGAAAGUGAAGGCCAUUUCCACAUGGUUAGUUCCAAGGGAUGUUCAUGAAGUUAGGAGCUUUCAUGGCCUUGCUUCUUUCUAUAUGUUAAGAACCUCCAAGGAUUAG